AUGAAGAUGUCGUCUAUAAUCACAUUCUUAAGGGUCACGUGUUUCGAAGAUCAAGUGACAGUCCACAGCGCCACCCAGUGUCAAGUGAAGUGCAAAGAUGACUGUUUGUGCGUAUCCAUGAACUAUUUCCCUCACUCCAUGAAGAAUAAUUGCGAAUUUAACGUUGCUAACAAAGACAUGGAGCUAGUGGCGAUGAAACGGAGGCAAGGAGGAAAUUAUUAUGAUUUGGUGAGAAGCUAUACGAUGAAGGUGAGAUGACAUUGUUUAUUAUAUUCCUUUUUCAUUUAUUUAUGAAAUUUCGUAAAUAAAAUAAAUAUUCCCACAUGAUCAAGUUUUCCGGUACUCCUUGAAAAGCAGGUUUUUUUUUAAAUGUGUUAUAUGUCAGUUCGGGCAAAGAAAAUUGUGUGCAUCCCAUUUUGUCUGCGAUAUGAUUGAUUUAGACAAAAUCUUUGGCUGAGAGAGGAUUGGGUUCAUUACCUUUCUCGCAAACUUUUUUUUAACAGCCAUGUUGCAAUGGGAAGGGGACGACAUUGACAACAAAUUUCAUAAAGACAUCAUUGACUUAACCAUUGCUGUAUUACUACAUUUCAAAUAUAACUUUGAUGAACAUUUCAUCUCCAUUCUGGCAUCCCACUAUGUGUUGCAUGCACACGUACUUUGCUCGCACUGUUUGUUAUCAAUUCGAUCCGUUUCCAAUGAGAUUUGUCGAUGGUUACUCAAACGUACAUGCCAACCCAAUUCGAUGAGCACGGUGAGCUAAAAAAUCAUUUGAAUGUUGCUGUAGGGUGGAGACAAAUACACACCAGAGAAGCAUCAUUGCAUCAACAGAUGCUGCUGCACCAAUCCUUGUCUCAAUGAAGGGGUAUGUUGGGAGAUUUGUGACACUCACAGCACCAGGUUUAACUGUACCUGUCCUAACACAUACGUUGGUCAGCGGUGUGAGAAGAAGAUGAAACAUCCGAGAAGCUGCAAAGACAUAGCUAAGAACGGUGCCUCGACAUCAGGAAAAUACAACAUUUACGAUUCAAACAGUGAACGGUUUUCUGUUUACUGCGACUUGCAGUCUGAACCUGGCUUUGUAUGGACGUUAAUACAAUCGUUUUCCUUGGCUAGGGGAAAUGCCUUCAAGAAUGCAGGGUUUAGCAAAAACUUUGAGAUUGAUAUUGAAGAGGGGGAAGUGAAUUGGAACGAGUUCCGACUAUCCUUAUCACAGAUGCAGUCUCUUGCUAUUUACUCCACACAUCUGAGAGCAACCUGUAACUUUUCUAUGUAUGGUCUGCAGUAUAGGGACUACGCACGCGCUAAGCCGGCAAGUCAUGACAUUUUUGGUACCUGGGUCACCUGUCAGAUGUACGAAUAUGUUAAUAUCCGAGGAAUUCAUUGCUCUAAUUGCACUGCCCUGACAAAACAACUUUAA